AUGAUGAACGCAACGAAUGAUUCCACGUCCAUAUUCUCUGAUCCAAUCCAGGAGAUUGUGGAUUCCAGCAGCUAUGAGGAACCCUUUGAUUUUAUCUCGGAUAGUAAGAUAGAGGAAGUCACAUACACACUCGAACCUUCUGCGCUGGGCAGUGAUAGUCUCACACAAACUCCCAUCAAUGAGGAGGAACACUUAUUGGGAUUAGAGGAUGUGAAGGCAGAAGAAGAACGACAACGAAAUCUUAAAUUGCUGGAAGAAAUUAUUAAUGGAUCUUAUAUUUCACCGUUUGCAGUAGGUGGAGGUAUAUCUUCAGAAGGGAAAAUACCUGGACGAGUUUCUAGUAGAGAUGAAUUCUUUUUUCCACAACGUACUUAUUUUACAAUAGAACCUGUUCAGAUAAAAUCUAAUACCCUUGAAACUACAUUAAAUCGAAUGACACAAUCUAUUUCACAAAAAGAAGUGAAUGGAACAAAAAAACGUCCUUUACCCGAUAGUUUACCACAACAAUUGAAUGUCCCAUUAGCACUCCGAUGUGAUUUUUGUCAGAAAUUUGAUUCUCUCUGUAGUUGUUGUCAUAAAAAAUGGAUAGAAAUCCUUCGAAAGAGGCGACAUGCAUUGGCAUUUCAAAGUUAUUGUAGACUUCCAGAAGAUAUGCGGCGUGAUUUGUUGUUUUUAACAUCUGCUUUUGGUGUAGGAGAAUUUGCUGCGAUGCAGUUAGAUUUCGAUGGUGAAAAUUGUUUACGAUGGCGUUCUCUGUUUUUCCCAUUAGAGAAAAGCCAUGCAGCCAUCCUCCGUGAUAUAUUUUAUAUGGCCGGUGAAGUUUAUGCUUUACACGUAGCCUUCGCUUAUAGUCGUAGUGAUGUGGUGAAAGUUUUAUUGGAAUCUCCAAGAAGUUUGUUAUUAAAGUCUGAAUAUCGUUUAGAUCCUCUUAGAUUACUUCAAUUACCACUCUCAACAGAAUUAGAAACUGUUUUAAACGCAUCUGAUGUGUAUGUGAAUCAUCUUUUAGCUGAAAAAGCUAAACUAGUUCGAAGUAAAGAGGAUUGGGAAAUGGCAGAGACACUUUAUAAAGAAUUGCUUAACCGUAAACCUGAUAGUGAACAUGCUAUUUGUGGUUUAGCAAAAAUGCACUUUGAUCGAGGUAAUCUUGAAGAUUGUAUUAAAUUAUGUGAUUCUAUGAUUUCAGGAAAUACAAUAGUAGAUUGGAAUGAAAUAAGUAUAGAUACUAUAAAAACACUUCGUGAAGUGGCACUGAAACGAUAUCAUGAAUAUAGUCAUAGUGUACGAGGAGAAGGAGUUCUCAAAGCUUGUGGUUGUAUUAUUCUCGAUAGGGUUUGUAUUCCUAUUCGAAAAUUGCCUUUUAAUAUUUUAGUUGAUGAAAUAUUAGUUUUUUGUGAUGGUGAAAUGUUAUGGAAUAUCUUUAAUUGUUCACGAAUACCUUUGUUAAGACAAUUUACAGAGAAACUUGCUGUUUUAUUACCUACACCAUGUAUUCAGCAAAUAUUUGAACUGGAAUCUGGUUUCCAAGAAGUGUAUGAGAAACUCUUCUUUAGAUUAUCAGAGAGUGUUAGUAACUUAAUGGUAACUCCUGUUCGACCAUUGGGCGUUUCUGUUAUUGCCAUGGCAGACUUUAAUAUGUUUCUUGUUCGUGCACAUGCGGCUGGUGUACCUAUGAAGACGACUAAGAAGGAUUCUUUUGUUUUAUCCAUAUUUCGGUUUGGCAAUAAAUCGACAAGAGAGGAUCGUCAAGGAUCUCUAAGUGGAUCUGAAGUUACGCUGAGUAAACAAUUUCGCAUUCACCGCUCUAAUGCAGAUGAGUCAUGGCGAGUAAAAGAGAUUGGGGAAUGGGAAUUAGAUCACCAGACAGUGGAGGAAGUUGAGACUCGUCUGGUACAGCGUUAA